GGUGAUAACGCCUGUGGUGGGGGCUGGGAGGAGCAGACGGAGCUGUCUGAGGUGGACUGCAGAGCUCAGGAGCGGUACCUAGGCGGAGGCAUCCCUCAGAGACUAUGACAGAGGCAGAAGCGGCACAACUGAAGGAGGAAGGGAACCAGCAUUUUCAGCGCCAGGACUACAAGGCGGCCACCAAGAGCUACAGCCAGGCCCUGAAGCUGACCAAGGACAAAGCCCUGCUGGCUACACUCUACAGGAAUCGGGCAGCCUGUGGCCUGAAAAUGGAGAGCUAUGCCCAGGCAGUUUCAGAUGCUUCCAGAGCUAUUGACAUCAACUCUGCGGAUAUCAAAGCAUUGUAUCGGCGAUGCCAGGCACUCGAGCAUCUUGGCAAGUUGGACCAGGCAUUCAAGGAUGUUCAGCGCUGUGCUACCCUUGAGCCAAGGAACCAGAACUUCCAGGAGACAUUGCGGAGACUCAACACCAGCAUCCAAGAACAGCUCCGUGUGCAGUUUUCCACAGACUCCAGGGUACAGACGAUGUUCGAAAUCCUUCUGAACGAAAACAGCGAGGCUGAUAAGCGGGAGAAGGCUGCCAACAACCUCAUUGUCCUGGGCCGUGAGGAAGCAGGGGCCGAGAGGAUCUUCCAGAGCAAUGGGGUGGGCCUGCUGCUGCAGCUUAUGGACACCAAGAAGCCCGAGCUGGUGCUAGCUGCCGUGCGAACCCUGUCUGGCAUGUGCAGUGGCCACAGAGCUAGGGCCACAGCAAUCCUGCACACAGUGCGCAUAGACAGGAUUUGCAGCCUCAUGGCUGUGGAGAAUGAAGAGAUGUCCCUGGCUGUCUGCAACCUGCUCCAGGCCAUCAUUGAUGCCCUGUCUGGGGAGGACAAGAGAGAGCAUCGAGGGAAGGAGGAGGCCUUGGUCUUAGACACCAAGAAGGACCUGAAGCAGAUCACCAGCCACCUGCUGGACAUGCUGGUCAGUAAGAAGGUGUCUGGGCAGGGCAGAGACCAGGCGCUGAACCUGCUCAACAAGAAUGUCCCUAGGAAGGACCUGUCCAUUCAUGACAACUCACGCACCAUCUAUGUCGUAGAUAACGGUCUGAGGAAGAUCCUGAAGGUGGCGGGGCAGGUUCCAGACCUGCCCUCCUGCCUGCCCAUGACCGACAACACCCGCAUGCUGGCCUCCAUCCUCAUCAACAAGCUCUACGACGACCUGCGCUGCGACCCAGAGCGCGAUCACUUCCGCAAGAUCUGCGAGGAGUAUAUCACGAGCAAGUUUGAUCCCCAGGACAUGGACAAGAAUGUCAAUGCCAUCCAGACAGUGUCAGGGAUCUUGCAGGGGCCCUUUGACCUGGGCAAUCAGCUGCUGGGCAUGAAAGGCGUGAUGGAGAUGAUGGUGGCGCUCUGUGGCUCGGAGCGCGAGGCAGACCAGCUGGUGGCUGUGGAGGCCCUCAUCCACGCCUCCACCAAGCUCAGCCGGGCGACCUUCAUCAUCACCAACGGUGUGUCGCUUCUCAAGCAGAUCUACAAGACCACAAAGAAUGAGAAGAUCAAGAUCCGCACCCUGGUGGGGCUCUGCAAACUUGGCUCAGCUGGGGGCUCAGACUAUGGCCUCAGACAGUUUGCUGAAGGGUCAACGGAGAAGCUGGCCAAGCAGUGUCGAAAGUGGCUGUGCAACACUGCCAUAGACACCCGGACGCGGCGAUGGGCUGUGGAGGGCCUGGCCUACCUCACGCUGGAUGCCGACGUGAAGGACGACUUUGUCCAGGACAUCCCUGCUCUGCAGGCCAUGUUCGAGUUGGCCAAGGCAAGAACCAGUGACAAGACCAUCCUGUACUCCGUGGCCAACACCCUGGUAAACUGCACCAACAGUUACGAUGUCAAAGAGGUAGUCCCUGAGCUGGUGCAGCUGGCCAAGUUCUCCAAGCAACAUGUGCCAGAGGAGCACCCCAAGGACAAGAAGGACUUUGUAGAUAUGCGGGUGAAACGGCUCCUGAAGGCGGGCGUCAUAUCCGCCCUGGCCUGCAUGGUGAAGGCAGACAGUGCUAUCCUCACAGACCAGACCAAGGAGCUGCUGGCCAGGGUGUUCCUGGCACUCUGUGACAACCCAAAGGACCGGGGCACCAUUGUAGCUCAAGGUGGUGGCAAGGCCCUGAUCCCUCUGGCUUUGGAGGGCACAGAUGUUGGCAAGGUGAAGGCAGCUCACGCGCUAGCCAAGAUUGCUGCUGUCUCCAAUCCAGACAUUGCCUUCCCUGGGGAGCGGGUGUAUGAGGUAGUACGGCCCCUCGUGCGUCUCCUGGACACACAGAGGGAUGGCCUUCAGAACUACGAGGCUCUCCUAGGACUCACUAACCUGUCUGGGCGCAGUGACAAACUCAGGCAGAAGAUUUUCAAGGAGAAGGCCUUGCCAGACAUCGAGAACUACAUGUUUGAAAACCAUGACCAGCUGCGGCAGGCAGCCACUGAGUGCAUGUGUAACAUGGUGAUCAAUAAAGAAGUUCAGGAGAGGUUCCUGGCUGAUGGGAAUGACCGACUGAAGCUGGUGGUCCUGCUCUGUGGGGAGGAUGAUGACAAACUGCAGAGUGCAGCGGCUGGAGCCCUGGCCAUGCUGACCGCAGCACACAAGAAACUAUGCCUCAAGAUGACGCAGGUGACAACCCAGUGGCUGGAGAUCCUACAGCGGCUUUGUCUGCACGACCAGCUGUCAGUGCAGCACCGUGGCCUGGUCAUUGCCUACAACCUGCUAUCGGCGGAUGCAGAGCUGGCCAGGAAGCUGGUGGAGAGUGAGCUGCUAGAGAUCCUGACCGUGGUGGGAAAGCAGGAGCCGGAUGAGAAGAAGGCAGCUGUGGUCCAGACAGCCCGGGAAUGUCUUAUCAAGUGCAUGGAUUACGGCUUCAUUAAGCCGGUGUCAUAGAGUGGUCCGUAGGAGUGCUGGGGUUGGUCCUGAUCUGUGAAGGGUCUUGAGCUGUCAGUUCAGUUAAGGAUUGCAGCAGUGGCAAUGAAGUCCCAUUGCAAAGGAAACACUUGGUUUGUCUCCUUGGUCCUGGGAACAUUUAGCGUUCCUCUGGUUGCCUUACUUCCUGCCUUCCUAAAUUUGUCAUGUCCUGGAAAUUUCUAGAGUAACUUCUCUCUGUGAUAAGGAAACAAGGAGGACAAUUCUGCCUGUCUCUGUUCUGAAGGCCAGAUAAUGGGCUGUAGACUGGUUUUUGUUUUGUAUUUUAAAAAGUUGUGUAGUGGCAAGGCAGGAAAUAACAGGUAUGUGCCCAUAAAGGUCAAUGUUGUCAUUCAAUUUGGAUGCUGAUCUUUGCUAUUUUUCAUGACCUCUCUCCCAUACAUUGAAACCAUGUGCCUCAAUUACAUGUGUCCAGUCUAAGCCCCAUGCCCACUCCUGUCACCCAACUUCAACAGUAACACAAUUUAUGGUCACAGUGGGACAUGGUUUGUUUCUGAAAGUCUUUCAUGCAAGAUGCAUAUGAUGACCGUCAAUAAGACCAACUCAAAGUCCUCUAGGCAAUACAUAAAUAAACAUUAAUAUGUUAGUUACCCAGGGAAAGGCAUGACAUUGCUAGACUCAGCUCAGCACAGUGUCAUUACCAGCAUUAUUCUGUGGAUGUGUGUUUUUCUUCCUCUUAGUUCCACAUUGACCUCAUUUUGUGGUGAGUUCUCUGCGAGUGCUAGGAAAAGCAGACACCAGCAGCCCUGGCCUUACGUAGUUGUUAUGGUUCAUGGUGGAAGAGAAGAGAAAGGACCAGUAGCUUAGCAUAUCUCCACAGACA